AUGACUGUGGAGGUGCAAAUUAAGGCAAAGCUGCCACAGCUUACGUCUGAUAAACAACUUACAUUCAUAAAGUUAGCUGUUUUAUCAAUGGCAGCAAUUUUAUCUUUUGCGACUCGUCUGUUUUCUGUUCUACGAUUUGAGAGCGUGAUACACGAGUUUGAUCCAUAUUUCAACUACAGAACAACUCGCUUCCUUACAGAGGAAGGAUUUUAUAAGUUUCACAACUGGUUUGAUGAUAGAGCAUGGUACCCCUUAGGUCGUAUUAUUGGUGGUACAAUCUACCCUGGCCUGAUGGUGACAUCCGCUACUCUGUACAAUAUAAUGCAAUUUCUAAACAUCACAAUUGACAUCAGAAAUGUUUGUGUGUUCCUCGCUCCCUUCUUCUCUUCACUUACAACCAUAGUCACAUACUUAUUAACUAAGGAAUUGAAGGAUGAAGGAGCAGGUCUUGUAGCAGCGGCCAUGAUUGCAAUAGUCCCUGGAUAUAUCAGUCGCUCAGUUGCAGGCAGUUAUGAUAAUGAAGGAAUUGCCAUAUUUUGUAUGUUACUUACAUACUACUUUUGGAUCAAAGCGGUAAACACUGGGACUAUUCUAUGGGCAACUAUGACUGCUUUAGCAUAUUUCUAUAUGGUAUCAUCAUGGGGCGGUUAUGUGUUCCUCAUCAAUUUGAUACCUCUACAUGUGUUGGCUUUGAUGCUAUUAGGACGGUUCUCAGCCCGCGUGUACGUCGCAUACAGUACAUUGUACUGCGUUGGUACCAUUCUCUCUAUGCAGAUCUCCUUUGUCGGCUUCCAGCCAGUACAGAGCUCGGAGCACAUGCUCGCACUCGGAACUUUCGGGCUUUGCCAGUUGUAUGCUUUCACUCAGUACUUGCGCCAGCACCUCUCUCCCUCUAACUUUGAAUUGCUAUUCAAAGCGCUGUUGACCACGCUACUGGCAACACUUGGUACUGCUAUUGUGAUAUUGACGGUCACUGGAAAAAUUUCACCAUGGACUGGCAGAUUUUAUUCACUGCUUGACCCGUCAUAUGCCAAGAACCACAUCCCUAUUAUUGCAUCUGUAUCAGAGCAUCAGCCCACAUCUUGGUCCUCGUUCUACUUCGACUUGCAAGUUUUGGUGUUCCUGUUCCCCGCCGGCCUGUACUUCUGUUUCACCAAACUGACAGAUGCUAAUAUAUUUAUUAUUUUGUAUGGCGUGCUCAGUAUUUACUUUGCGGGUGUCAUGGUGCGUUUAAUGUUGGUACUGGCUCCGGUAAUGUGCAUAGUUUCGGGGGUCGCAGCUUCGAGUCUCUUGAGUUUGCACAUCAAAGAUAUUGAGCCGAAAGUCGAGAAACAUGAUAAGAAGAAGAAGCAUGAUAACAAUUUGGUGUUCAGAUCUGAGGUGGGAGCACUGUUCGUGUGCGUGCUGGGCUGCCUGCUGGUGUCGUACGUGGUGCACUGCACGUGGGUGACGUCGGAGGCGUACUCGUCGCCCUCCAUCGUGCUGUCGGCGCGCGCGCACGACGGCGCACGCAUCAUCUUCGAUGACUUCCGCGAGGCGUACACGUGGCUCAAGAUGAAUACUAAGGAGGACGCGAAGGUGAUGUCAUGGUGGGACUACGGCUACCAGAUAACAGCGAUGGCGAAUCGCACCGUGAUAGUGGAUAAUAACACGUGGAACAACACGCACAUCUCGCGCGUGGGACAGGCCAUGGCGUCGGGCGAGGAGCGCGCCGCCGACAUCAUGCGCGAGCUCGACGUGGACUACGUGCUCGUUAUAUUCGGAGGCCUCGUAGGAUACUCGUCGGAUGACAUCAACAAGUUUCUAUGGAUGGUGCGUAUCGGCGGCAGCACGGAGCGCGGCGCGCAUAUCCGCGAGGCAGACUACUACACGGGCGCGGGCGAGUUCCGCGUGGACGCGCACGCCGCGCCUGCACUCCUCAACUGCCUCAUGUACAAGAUGAGCUACUACAAGUUCGGCCUCGUCUACACAGAGGGCGGCCGACCACCAGGAUACGAUAGAGUGCGCGGCGCUGAAAUCGGCAACAAGGACUUCAACUUAGACGUGCUAGAAGAAGCCUACACCACGGAGCACUGGCUCGUACGGAUUUAUAAAGUCAAGCCGCUUCCCAACCGCGGGCUC